CACACAGAGAGAGAGGCACAGACCCGGGUUGGGGGAAGGAGAGAGAGGGAAGGGGAGAGAGGCACAGAGAAAGGGAGAGACUGACUCUCCUAGUCGCUGGCUGAUUGACUGACCUCGGGAGAAAGAGAGGAGGGGGGCUGGGAGUCCCGGAGCAGUGCCAGGGGGGGAGCGCGAUGAUCGGAUCCGGGACAAAUCUGUGAAGGAGCAGUGGGUAGUAAUGAGUGAUGUUUGUAAAUUCCCUCCUGGUUCUGCCUCUCAGGGUUAAUGGCUGGUUGCAGACUUUCCCUCAGCAAACUGUUACAGGAUUCAUGUCUUCACAGAUGAGAUAAAGGCAAAGAUGUGAUGUCGACGAUUGGCAUGAAUGACAGAGUGGAUUUCCAAUCCCGUGAAUCUGCAGUACCUGGAUUAUUGACCAGUGCUAGCCAUCUGAACAGUUUGGAUCACUCUUAUGGCACCAGUCACUUUCACAGCUCUGUCCUCUAUGGAGGUAAAACGUACCAAUCAGCAUCUCAGGCCUUGGAAGCUUACAUUGACAACUUUGAAAAGUCAUCGUCCACCUGGAGAGGUACAAACAAACUGCAUUUCAGGAGCAUUUCCAAGCCCUCUCCUACUUCUCUGGACUGCAAGAAAGAGGUUUUCAGAGAACGACAUUCCUUUCGGGAUUUGGAUUUCCAUAGCCAGCCUUUAAGGAGACGGAUAGCCAGUGAUCCAGAUCUUUUGAGCCUCACCACUGAUGACCUUUUGGAAAUGCCAUCGGAUGGUUCCUUACCGUUGACUCGCUCUUCUGUGUUGCAGGGCUCAACACAGAGUCAACCGCGAGUAGGAAGGCACUUCGCCCAUAACACAUUUACAAGGUAUGCUGCAAAGGUCUCCCCGGGCUAUUCUGGGGCUUGGCAGCACAAGAGAGAUGACCGCUUUGAAUUGCUCUGUGGGAGGAAAGUUGGUUAUCGCCCAUUAAACCAAACCACUGGCCUCAAACCAUUUCCAUUCUCACAGCCAGGAACGGUGCCACAAGAGAGAAGUAAAUACAUGGCUCCUUCCAUUCCUCCAACCCUUCCUGUGGAUGACUGCAGAAUCGGAAAUCAUAACCUCCUUUCUGUUUCUCAGCAUAAUUAUCCCAGAUGGUUAACCAGCCAAAAAUCCGAGCUCGGUGUCUCUGGAAUAAGUAGCAUUCCUGAACUGAAAUACCCUGGCUGGCUUUUUGACUGUGACUUGGGCUCAGACUCAUGCGAACAAGAAACAUUGAAUAAAAGAGAAUAUCUGUUACCAACUGGAUAUGAGAACGGACUCUCCGAUCCCAGACUUUACUCUGGCUGUGCCAUAAAUACACCAAAACAUAAACAUUUUGCCAAUUAUUCUGGAAGGGACCGAAGAUUUUAUAAACACAAAGGACAUACCAUCAGUGGCAUUUUAAGAAGAGCACCUACACAUGCUGAUUGGUUUACCCAGUGUAAUUCAGAAGAAGUGGAAGAUUCUCACUGCAGUAAACCAUUCAGAGGUGAACACCUCGAUUUACUAAUCCAGAAGGCUGAACGUUUCCAUGAGGUUCUCUCGCAGCACGUCAGCAACCCAGAGCAGAACCAAGGCAGUCCGGGUACUGAAGACAUAUUGGAAGCUGAACGAUCCUGGGAUAAUCCGCCUGUUACCUUCAAAUCACCAGUGCCUGUGGGCAACAGUGAAGAAGAAUUCUUUGAAGCCUCCAACCCUACUCUGACUGAUGACUCAUGUCAGGAUCCUUUAAAUACUGGCCAUCAGCGGAACCAUUCUGGUUCCUCAGGAAUUUCAGGAGGAAAGCACCAUGGUCCAGUUGAAGCACUGAAACAGAUGCUGUUCAGCUUACAAACAGUGCAGCAGAGUUUCGAUGAUGAAGACACAGAAGAAAGCAAAGAAAUUGGGAAGAUAUCUGAACGCAUGAUGUCUCAGACGCUGAGCUUGGAUUUUGAGGAGGCAUCUGGCAGCAGAUCAUUACAAAGAGCAUUGAACCACUUAAAACACCUGAAGGAACUUGUCGAUGAUAUUGGUGCCAAGAUGGAAAAGGAAGCAGAGGGUCAGCAACAUGAAUGAUCAGCAAUUGGAGAAACUAUUCUUAAAUUCUAUUAGCUAGUGCAAUGUAAUAAAAUAACAUUUUAUGUUUAAUUGAAAAAUGCAUUAUCAAGAUGUGCUGACAUGUUGGUGAAGAUUUCCUUCUAAUGGCAGAAUAUAAAUGAUUGCAUUUAUGAACCA